AUGGAAUAUGAUAAUUCAAUUAAAAUAGACAGGCCACCUGGUGCGGGCGUGGCCUCUCCGCCCCACUUCUGUGCAGGCAGCACUUUGGGCAGCGGUGGCGGCGCAGGCUCCUUGAUGCUUCUGCUGCAGUGGCCGGGAGCUCUGCUCCUGGAAGCGGGGUCUGAGGCGCGCUUUAGUGGCAAGCGGAGCCUGGUGUGGGGACCUGGAAUAGAAGCGAGGGGCGUUCUUCCGGUCAGGUCUUUUUAUCUCCAAGUAGUCAACUCUGCGGGGCAAAAUCCCGCUCUGCCGCAGGUAGGAUGCACCCGAAAACAAAAAGAUCCCAAAGUUUCUCUAAAUGGGAUCCCUGCCUGCCACAGAGGUGAACAGUGUGGUCCCUUAAAAAGGCUGCUCAGACAUCCAGGGAACUGCCAAAUCCCACUGCUACUUCAGUCCAAACAAUUACCAUUCAAGGUUGGAAUCAGACCACUUUUACUCCAAGAGUUAUUCCACAUUCAUAUCCCUAACUCUUUGGACAGAAAGGAGAGCUCAUUCCUGAUAAGGCACCAGAUGUAUGAGAGUGUCAAAGACAGGCUAAAGAUAAAUGUGUUUUAUGGUGAAGAGCAUGUGGCUCACUCUCUACACAUUUUGAAACGAGGCUUUUCCCUGUCCCUCCACAUGCUAGGACCUUCCCUUCCAAGAUCACCUCUGAUCUACACUCUUUAUAUCUUAACCGGUGUUAUCGUUAAGUACUGUGAAUGCCGGGAAGAGAAUCCUCAGACCUGGCAGAAAACUUUUUCAUGUCCAAUCAAGGAGACUCGAAGUGCAAAGGACUUUGCUUCCUUUCCUAGCAUUGAUCUUCAGUAGAUACUAAAUGAAGUCCCGGCAAGGUUUGGUGACGAGAUUGUUCACUACACUGUUUUCAAUAAGCAUGAGUACCAACAGUCUACAGUGAAGGACACCGAGUUCAAAAUGUUGUCAGAUGAAAUGUUGCUGUCACUAGCAAGAAAGUACAAAUAUCAAGCGAAUGUGGAUGAUAUGGUAGCUGCUUAUAGAUACCCAUAUCUAAUGGUUACGAGUCUGGUUCUAAAGCAGGACUCUCCAUACUAUGAGCACUUCUACACAAAGCUAAAACCAUGAAAACAUUACGUUCCAGUUCACAGAAAUCUUAGUGAUUUAUUAGAGAAUCAAUGGGCUAAGGAAAACAAUGAAGAAACUAAGAAGAUUGCAAAAGAAGGUCAAUUAGUUGCUAGAGAGUUGCUCCAGCCCCACAGAAUCUCCCACUACUAAUACUGAGUACUUCAGGUAAACACAGAAUGGACAUUUGGUGAGGCAGCCGUUGGUUGUCCCUACAUAUCCUGUCUUAAAGAUUGGUCGCCAACAGAGACGGCCAGCAAGAGAACAGUGCCACCUCGCGGCGGCUUCCAGACUCGAUUUUUCCCCUCCUUGCAUGCAGCUCCAGGUAACCUGAUGACUGCCAGCACUACAGCCCCAAGUCCCACGUGCUCCUCCACCUUGAAACGGCCGUCCGGGAGUCGGGGCCGGAAGCUAUGGUUGUGCGUCAUUUCCGGGUCCGUCACCAGGGAGACGAGAAGCGAAAUGGUUACCCAGCCCGCACCAACCCCAGUAACUCAGAGUGCCCCAGGAGGAGGAGAAGACCUCCCCUAUAACUUCCGGUGCCCUCUCUGGCUUGCUUCCGUGCCCCUCUCCCGCCCCGCUGCCUCCCGCAGCCUCUCGCCCUUCUUCCCCGCCCUGCCCCGCGGCGAUCCCCGUGGGACCGAGGCACAGUCAGUUUUGUGCCAAAAGAGCUUGGCCUGA